UUGCCACAGGCAGCUCGCCCACCCAUAACAUUGUGUUGUAGUGGUACAUGUACUUUUAAAAUAACCAUAACUUGCUAAAUUCUCAACCGAUUUUUAAACGGUUAGGUUUGUUAUAAACGUCAGAGAUGUAGUUAUGACACUGCAUACUUAUGAAUAAUUAUGUUAUUUUCUAAAAAAAUAGAAUAGUGUUCUAUAUAUGUACAAAAUUUCCCUUUACAAAUAUACAUCAAGAGUUUUUUUUAUUUAAAAACUACAUGUACCACUACUAACACAAUGUUAUGGGUGGGCGAGCCAUAGAUAUAUAUAAAGUCUAUAAAGCCUUUAUAUAUCUAUGGGGCGAGCUGCCUGUGGCAAGAUGGCCGCCAUGUGCGGACGUUCGACUCCGUUGACCGGAAACGCGGAUGAGACAUCUAGCCUUUAUAUAUAUAUAUAUAUAUCUAUAUAGAUAUCUAUGUGUAGACCAAGCUCUGACCGGACCGAGCAGCGGAAACACCCGAGCAGCAGCUGUGGUGCACGGAUCAGUUCGUGACGGUCCCACUGAACAGCUGAUCGACCAGGUACGAUGCAGUACUGCAGUACUCGUGGUGGUGUCCACGGAUGGGACUUCAGGGACGUGCUGUUCUCAGGCUACGCUCCGGACGGUGGGAUGUUCAUGCCGGAGAACGUCCCGGUGCUGAGCCCGGACACCGUGAGAGGCUGGGGGGGGCGGUCCUACCCCGAGCUGGUGGUGGAGGUCGCCUCACUGUUCAUCCCCAACCAGCUGAUCCCCCGACUGGACCUUGAGGUCCUGGUCAGUGAAGCUCUGUCUGGCUUCUCGCUGCCUGAGGUGGUCCGAGUCGCUCGGCUGAAGGACGGCCUCUCCGUGCUGGAGCUCUUCCAUGGAGAAACCUUGGCCUUCAAGGACCUGGCUAUGACCUGCACGGUGCGUUUCCUCGAGUACUUCCUGCAGAAAGAGAAGCGCAGAGCUACUGUUGUCGUGGGAACCUCCGGGGACACGGGCGGCUCGGCCAUCCAGAGCGCUAAAGGUCUGUCAGGACUGGACCUGGUGGUGGUUUACCCUCAGGGACGCAUCACCCCCGUCCAAGAGAAACACAUGACCACCUGCCUGGAGGACAACGUCCACGUGUUUGCAGCCGACGGCAGCUCUGAUGACAUCGACCAGCCUCUGCGGCGCCUGUUUGCGGAUCAGGAGCUGGUCAAGUCUCACGGGGUCAUGAGCCUCAACUCGGUGAACUGGUCCAGAGUCAUGAUCCAGCUCGCCCACUUCAUCUACGCCUACCUGGAGCUGAGCGGAGCCGGGCAGAGCGAGGCCGGGGCUGCUCUGCCUGAGCUGGAGGUGGUGGUGCCCACAGGAGGAGCAGGGAACAUCGCCGCUGGACUCCUCGUCAAGCGAAUGGGCGUCCCCCUGAAGCUGGUGGCCAUGGUGAACUCUAACGACGUGGUUCACAGGGCCGUAACCGAAGGGGACUUUUCCAUGGCCGCCAACGUCACACAAACACUGGCCCCCGCCAUAGAUAUCCAGGAUCCGUACAACAUGGAGCGAGUGUUCUGGCUUCUGCUGGACAGAGACGGAGCCUCAGUGAAGAUCAUGAUGGAAGAAUUUCAGAACACUCAUAAAUACUCUCUGCCUGAAAACCACCGCAAGCUGCUGUCACAGGUUUUAUCGACUGGAACAGUGAGUGAUGACGGGAUCCUGGAGACCAUGAGGAGAUGUUGGGAUGAGAACCAGUACGUCCUGUGUCCUCACUCAGCUGUGGCUGUUUGGCAGCACUACCACUGUCCUCCUCGCCCUGGAAUCAACAGGUGUUACAUCGCGACAGCCUCUCCAGCCAAGUUCCAGGCCGCGGUGCAGCGGGCCGGCCUGACCUUUGACCUACCUGAGGCAGUGCAGGCGCUGGACAAGUUACCCACUCGAUACCAGAUCCUGGAGCGGAGCCCGGACUGGUGCAAAGACUGGGAGCAGACCCUGAGGGAGAAGAUCCAGGCUGUGAGCGUCUCCAGGAAAAAACGAGUCAUUUAACUCUAAUGAAGGAUGUGAUGAAACUGUAGAUUCCCUGACUGAGGUCAUGUGACUCAGGUCCUGAUCUAUGUACCUUCUUAUCUGGAUCCAGUAAAAGAUGAUCACUAA